AUGAAUUCCUUCACAGUAACAAUGUUGGUCGUCGCGGCGUGUAUGAGCGGAUAUUUUGUUCCGACUCUGGCAGAUUUGGCGAAUUGUUACGAAUGCAAGCAAGACGCUGUGAGCACCUGUGGAAAAGCGGAACCGGGCGCGACCACUACGGUUCCGAUCGCUUGCGCUGCUCCGAGCAAAUGUUACGCGGUCUAUGUAGAAGAUGCAACUACACACGAGAAGCUCGGCGUAAUACGCGGCUGCGCAGAAGAGGCGGACGCGGAUUGUGCCGGUGCGCCGAUCGGAACGCAUGCCUUGGUCGCAGGCACCUGCGUUUAUUGCUCAGAUGUGGACAAUUGUAACGCGGCACCCUUCGCAGACGCCGGAAACGCCGGAAACGCAGGAAACGCCGGAAACGCCGGAAACGCCGGAAACGCCCCCGCGUCCGACGGCGCCGGAUCCGGAAACGGCACCGGUUCGGGCAACGGAACUGCUCCGGGCAGCGGCCACCCCCCCUCGUGCGCGGGGUCCGUGAUGCUCUGCGCGUUCAUGUCUUCCCUGGCCAUUGCCGGUAGGAUGUUCCACAAUACUGCGGUUUGA